AAACAUCGCAUCGAGGCUUCACAAACAUACAACAAGAAUAUCGGCUGCCAUCUUGAACUUUAAUAAAAUCGAUUUAUUAGCGAAGGAAGUACCCACAAAGGCGUCUAAAAGGCAUCUUCACAGAGAAGAGGCUUUCUCUGAAAGCCCAAAUGUCUUCAAAUCAGAGAUACGUCCCGGUGCCGACAAGUGAUGAUACGCCGGCAUCACAACACACUGAAGUGACUGUAAUCUCACCCUCCCCUCAGCAAGAAGACGUGGCAGAGGAAAACAGCCAUGAUACCAUUACCCAGUCGGCAUAUGUCGAGCUCCCCCCUGACCUUCCCCCACCACCUUACACAUCUGUCGCUGUAGAUGGUACCACGCAAGACGAGAUGGUGGAGCCUCCAGCGUACAGCAUCGCCUCAAAGCUGCCGACAUAUGAAGAAGCAGAAGGUGUCAGUCAGCUCAAUGAAGACCUGGAACAAAGGAAUGCUCUUCUUAUUGAUGGAGGAGAAGAAGUCUCGCUUGGAACUGACUGGCUAUUUGUCAUGUGUUUUGCAAUGGCUUUCCUGUUUAACUGGCUUGGCUUUUUUGCUGCCUACUGUUUGACCCGUACAGUGGCAUCUCGCUAUGGUGCGAUUUCAGGCUUUGGCUUGUCUAUGGUGAAGUGGGUGCUGAUACUAAAGGAAGCCGCAAAGGACCAAGACCAGAUGUUGAUCUAUGGGCAGGGCUGGCUAUGGUGGAUCUUCUUUGCAUUGGGCUGGUUGCUGUUUAUUCGCGCCACCCUCGCCUACAUCCACAUUAAGAUGUUGGUUCGUAAGGGCUGUCGGCGUUUCCCGCGCUUCUGGGGUUUGCCGGUUCAGCAAAGGUGAAGUCGCUCGCUUGGGAGGGCUAAACGAGCCGCUGCUAAAGUAACAGCUUUAGGUUGAGGAGAGCAAGGGACAAUUAUACCAUGAGUAGAAUAGUAAUUCAAUUAAAAUAUUGUAGGGAAACCGGUAAAAAAAACGACGCUCUUUAAAUGAUAUUGAAAAGCAAACAAAUAAACAAAAAUAGUGUUUUUAAAUCUUGAGUGAUAUCUUUAUUAUUUUUUUCGUUAGAGUGGUUUUCAAAAUCCCGUGCAACAAAAUGUAACAGUUAAUGUGUAAUAGUCAAGCCAGAACAAAAGAGAACAAAGACAUUACAGUGUAUUAGUACUAAAUAAACUAAAUGGUAUUUCACGGGAUUUCGAAAACCACUCUAAGUGAUUAAAUUAGGUUUUGUAGAUAUUGACAAUUUCAAGUGUAGUUUAGUUGUUUCGCAUAUGUGCGUGUAAUAUGAGAUUCGAGAGCAUUAUUCGGAACAGGCCCUCUCAAAGCCGCAUUGUUACCAGUUUACUUCCGGUCAACUACGUAAAAAUCUUCGAUGAUUUUUAACCGAAAACUCGAAAAAUAUUUCAAAAUAUUGAAAGCAUUGUGUCUAUUGGAAGUUUUCUUGAGGAUGUGAUUGAUAAUUUAGAGCGGAUGGCCUGUUAAAUAUCUCGGAUUCUAAUAGAUUCUUUUGUCUUUUAACGGUUGAGGUUUCCGUCGGACCACCGGAAGUAAACUGGAGUCGCUCUUUCUUGGACUGGUUUGAAUUAUUUUCUCAAAGCAUUGACAACAGUGCUAACUAGGAACAAGCUUUAUGGAACAUUUCGUACUAAACCCGCUUUAAAGAGCAGUAGAUUAUGUAGAUUCUGCUUGCAGGCGGUACUCUGUCUUAUCAUCGCGGAAAAACCUCUCUGUUCGUGGGGCCCCCCAGGAACUAAGCGGCCUAAAAUACAAGAUGGCGCCCGAUCACCGAAGAGAGGGUUUUCCGCGAUGAUAACACCAAGUACCGCCUGCAAGCAGGCUAACUCAUUGGUAAUAAAAGGGAAAAGCUAUGAUACCCAUGA